AUGUUGAAGAUAUGGUCGAUGAAACAACAACAGCAGCAGGCUGAAAAUGCAGAGGGAGCAGCAGGAAAGAAGAAGAAGAAGGUCACAGCCGCACAGUUGCGCGUGCAGCGAGACCUGCAGGAUCUGACGCUUGGAACCACGAUGAAAACGAACUUCCCCAACCCGGACGACAUCCUCAACUUCACCCUCACCAUCACGCCAGACGAGGGCAUGUACAAAGGCGGCGCAUUCCACUUCAGCUUCUCCGUCAACCAGAACUUCCCGCAUGACCCGCCCAAGGUCAAGUGUACGCAGAAGAUCUACCAUCCCAACAUCGACCUGGAGGGGAACGUCUGCUUGAAUAUCCUCCGUGAGGACUGGAAGCCCGUGUUGAACUUGAAUGCGGUUAUUGUGGGGAUGCAGUUCCUCUUCCUCGAGCCGAAUGCCUCCGACCCAUUGAAUAAAGAAGCUGCCGAUGACCUCCGGACGAACCGGGAGAGUUUCAAGCGUAACGUGCGAAACUCCAUGGGUGGUGGAACCAUCCGAGGCGUACAAUACGAGCGUGUCGUGCAAUGA